GCAAAUCUAAAAAGCAAAAUAAAAACUCUUAUCGCUCUGGAAGCGAGCGCUUUCUUCUCUCGAUCAACCGGCAUUCCCACCCUUCGCCUUCUCACGAAACAGACAACACUCAUCGUCCAAUCCACAACAGCAAUGGAAUCUCGCAAGGUCGGAAUCCUCGGUGGUGGACAGCUCGGUCGCAUGGUCCAGGAGGCUGCAUCCCGUCUCAACAUCUCCCUCACGAUCCUCGACGAGCCUGUCGACUCGCCUGCCAAGCAGCUGAACGCCUCCCAGCAGCACCUGCACGGAUCCUUCAAGGAUGCAACCAAGAUCCGUGAGCUCGCAGAGACCGUCGAUGUCAUUACCGUCGAGAUCGAGCAUGUCGAUACCCACGUCCUCAAGGAGUUGGAGGCCUCGGGCAAAUCUAUCCACCCAACGCCUGCCACCAUCUCGCUGAUUCAGGACAAGUACCUUCAGAAGCAGCACCUUGCAAAACAUAGCAUCCCCCUCGCAGACUCGUUGGAUUGUCCGGACCAGGAGGCAAUUGAGCAGGCAGGACAGCAAUUCGGAUACCCAUUCAUGCUGAAGGCCAAGACCAUGGCCUACGACGGCCGAGGCAACUAUGUGGUCCGAUCCGAGGAAGAUCUCACAGGUGCUCGAUCCAAAUUGGCCCCAGGUGUGCCACUAUAUGCAGAGCGAUGGGCAAAGUUCGAUCGUGAGUUGGCUGUCAUGGUCGUGCGGUCUAUUACUGGCGAGGUGCGCUCGUACCCUGUUGUCGAGACCGUUCAUAAGAACAGCAUCUGCCAUUUGGUCUUUGCCCCCGCUCAGGUCGGUCGUGGACUGACGGGCACUUCGGACGAGACCUUCUCGACCUCGAUCCAGGAGAGGGCUCGCAAGGUUGCUGAGAACGCCAUCUCAAGUCUCUCGGGAGCCGGUGUCUUUGGAGUCGAGAUGUUCUUGAUGAAGGAUGGUGAGAUCCUGUUGAACGAGAUCGCCCCUCGUCCCCAUAACUCUGGACAUUACACCAUUGAGGCCUCGCACACUUCCCAGUAUGAGAACCACCUCCGUGCCAUCCUCGGCCUGCCUUUGGGUUCGACCGAGAUGAAAGUCCAAGCUGCCGGCAUGCUCAACAUCCUCGGAGCUGGUGAAAAAACUUACCUCGCCUGCGAGCUCGCCUAUGGCAUCCCCGGUGCCACCACACACCUUUACGGCAAGAAAGAAUGCAAGGCUGGACGCAAGAUGGGCCAUAUCACUGUGGUGGGCGAUUCGAUGCAGGAGGUCCACGACCGGCUCUUGCCCAUGGUCCUGGCCAUGGACCCCAAGGACGAAUCUCCUUUCAAUCUGGAUCCUUUGGUUUCGAUCGUCAUGGGAUCCGACAGCGAUUUGAAGGUUAUGGAGGCAGCGGCGCAGAUUUUGACAAAGAUGUCGGUUCCGUUCGAGCUUUCAUUGGUAUCGGCGCACAGGACGCCCGAGAGAAUGUAUCAUUAUGGAAAGAUGGCGCAUAAGCGUGGAAUCAAGGUCAUUAUUGCGGGUGCUGGUGGAGCAGCCCAUUUGCCCGGUAUGGUUGCGGCAUUGACGCCGCUGCCGGUCAUUGGCGUCCCCGUUCGUGGAAGCACGCUGGAUGGUGUCGACUCUUUGCAUUCGAUCGUUCAGAUGCCUCGUGGUGUCCCUGUAGCAACAGUUGCGAUCAACAACAGCACAAACGCGGCUCUGCUGGCUGUGCGCAUACUCGGUAGUUUCAUCCCCUCAUACCUUGAUAGAAUGGCCCAAUACCAAGAGAGCAUGGAGAAGGAGGUCCUUGGAAAGAUCGAUACCCUGGACCGCGUCGGCUGGGAAAAGUACGAGUACAUCAAGCAUUAAGGAAAACAGCAUUAGAUAAUAAAAAGGUGUAGGACAGGAGACCUAGCACACUUUCAAUUUUCAUUAGCGAU